AUGAAUUUCGGUGGAUUACCUAUAGCUAAUGCGGCUAGUGAACUAUCAAGUUCAGGAAGUUCAACAACUUCACUUUCAUCAGAGUUCAGUGAAAGCAACGAAGAAACGUUUUUCGAAAAGGUGGUUUUGCUUUAUUUCCGUGAUGCACAAUGUAAUUUGGUAAAUUAUAGAGUGUAUCAUAAUUUUAACCUUGAUAUUACCCAAUUCGAGAAAGCAUUGAAACAUGCUGUGAUAAACAAGAGUAGUAUUUCCACUGAAACGUAUUUUGGGAAAACUAUGGAUAUUACAGAAAAACAUCAUGAAGGUAAAGGUACAGUUGGGCUAGUAACCAAGCCAUUGGAACCCACCCAAUUGAAUUUAUUUAUGGUUAACAUCUUAUUGAAUAAAUCACACAAUAUCCACUUAUCAAGACCUUUAAAAAUUGAUAGUGAUUUUGAUCUCCCAUCACACACUGCAGGUUUGAUUGUUGAAAUCUUUGAAAAAAUGUUGAAGAAUACAAGUACUCACGAUCAAUGGCAAAAUGGAGGUAAGGACUUCCUCAUGGAAAGAGUGGAAUAUUUCACCCAAAGAAACCUUAAGGUGGAAUGUGUUCUACCAGCGUUCCCAUGUAAGUCGUCUAACAUGAAAAAAGUUCAUGGAUGGUUACCAGAUAAAGGUGAAGAAAUGGCAUUAAGAAAGAUUUGUGAUUUUGUUACUGCUGUUCGCAAGAUAUACAUUCCAGGAAUUGUUGUUUGGAUCGUUAGUGAUGGCCAUGUUUUCAGUGAUUGUAUUGGUGUUGAUGAUUUGAUGGUGAAUGAUUUCGGAUUUGAAUUGAAGAAGAUGUAUAAGAAAAUCGUUAAAGAUUACGACCAAAAGGUUGAUCAUAAGUACGAUGUAAUACCUCGUAAAGAUUCGAAGAGAUUUAUUGAAGAAAUUGAUGAAAAACUUUCUUUUCAACACGGGUAUAGAGUGGGAGCUACUGUAGGCUAUGAAGAAGGUGUAUCACAGGCAAAAGCCAUCUGGGGAAAUACCUUUGGUUACGGAUAUGAUAGAUAUUGCACUGAAGAUUCCAAAGUGAAUACUUCUGGAUUAGAAAACUUAAACCCACAAACCCAACCAACUGACGCUGAGUCUGGAAAAGAAGGGGAAGACCAAGCCUCUAUUGAAAUCAAUAUCCAAAAAUUGAAACUCAACGCCAAACAUGAUGAAACUGAUGAUAUGAUUCGAUUUGCUUCAUUGACUGACAUAUUCUCUAUCCAUGACACAUAUGUCAAGGUACCAGAUUUAUCCGAUAUUCAAGUACCUCAUCAUGUCGAAACAGAAAUUGAUUAUGAAAGUGAAAUCUGUAGAAAACUCUUAACUGCUAGUUGCGACACAGAUAGUGGUCAAUUAAAAAAUGAUGUAAACACACCUAACCACCCAAGGUUGGCAUUGUACAGGGGAUUUGCAAAAUUCAUGGAAGAAGAUUUAGCAACUCAUCCGACCAUAUUGAAAUCUUCCAAAAAAAAACAUAAGAAGAUAGUUUCAAAAGUUGCCUUUGAAAUGAUCAAAAGAAACGAUGCUUACUCCAACUUAGUAGAGUUAAUCUUCCCUAUGCAUUUGAGAUUCAGUAUCCAUGCACAUAAUAAUAGAGGUCCUAAAUUCGGGAUUAAAUUAUUAAGUAGUGACGAAUGCAAAGUUAUUAAAUCCUUAGAUGAAUGCAUAAGUCCGAACUAUGAUGACUUAUUGCACAUUCCAACUCCUUGGCACAAUACGAUCUUGCAAUAUGAAGGACAAAAAAAUUACUUCAUCACCAAAGCUCAUAUUAUUUACGAUGCUUUUAGAAAUGGUUCUUAUUCAGGAUUUUGGGAUCAAGAAAAACGUCAAUUCUUCGUUAAGAAAGAGGAGAAGUUGCAAUAUUAG